AACAACACUUAUUCAAAUCAAACACACGACCAUGGCUCAACCGAAUCACAGCUAUAACACGAUCACGUACGGCACAUUUUCCCGCUUGCUCGAGUCAUACAAAGAACAUGUUCCCAAGAAGCUGGAUGAACUAGAGGAGCAAAGACUCAAGGUCAUUCCGGAGGCAUUGUCGGAGAGGACCGAUGAUGCUCAUCUCAAGAAAAUUGAGCUGCAAAAGCUGUUAGAGUGGAAACUUGGCCAUGGCACCUUCAGACCGUCCUUGCGCAAGCUCGUUGAAUCGAACACAGACGAGGCGGUGGAGCAAUGCACGCGCGAAGCGUUCGAGACUUACGCAAAGGACAGCGAUCAGUGGGCCAUGGUGGUGGCAAUGUUGGCCAAGGGGCUCCGUGGCGUAGGGCCCGCGACGGCCUCGCUCCUGCUCAAUACUUACGACGGCGAGAAUGUACCGUUCUUCUCGGAUGAAUUGCUCCGAUGGGUCAUGUUCUCCGAGGGAAAAGGCAACGGAUGGGACAGAAAGAUCAAGUAUUCGAUGAAGGAAUACCAAGAGCUGUACAGACGAGUGGGGGUCUUACGAGAGAGAUUGGCCAAAGAAAGCGAGAAGACGAUCACGUCAGUUGACGUGGAAAUGGUAGCGUACGUACUAGGGCGAAGACAAACCGAAGGAAUCAAGAGAAAGGAGGUCGAUCAAGAGGACAAAGAAGGAGAUGAAAGAGAGGCAGGAGAACACAAGAACAAGAGGAAGAAAAGGAAGAUAUAGAUGCCUGUAUACCAUGGAUAUCGUGCAGGUCAUCAAGAGGGAUGUUGUGCUUUUGCAGCUCAUGAACCCUGUCUCAAGGGUCCUCGAUUCGAGGUGACUCCAAGGCAUACCUACCACCCUCGAGAGUCUCAUAGGGCUGAGCACGCCAUAUUGACAAUUGCAGAAAUUUUGGCUACCGGCAUAUAACUCUUACGUGCAUGCAAGCCACGAUUCUCACCAAUUAU